AUGUCCAUUCCUGUCGGUGGAGUAGUCCCGCAGGACCGCUGGCAACCUCAGCAGAAGGUCAAGGUCUGUCAGUACCAGGACUGCGGCGCCUCCUUCGGUUUCCUUUCCAGCAAGGUCAACUGCCACCGCUGCGGCAUCGUGCUAUGCAGCAAGUGCGCCGCCACCAAGACCGUGAUUCCCCGCUACUACAGCAAUGAAGCCGUCCCCGUCUGCCAGCGCUGCCACCAGGUAGUGGAGCGCUACAAGGCACGCGGGUCAGUGACGCCAGGAUACGUCCUUCACUCCACCACCGUCAGCGCCACGCCGGCUCGGUCUUCGCCGGUGCCGCCACCUCAGACAAGUCAAGCGCCCGGGCCACAUACACCCCCACCGCAGUCCGUCACUGCCGUGUCCCCUGCGGCACAUGUCCCCACCGUCGACGCCGUGACUAUGUCCACGAAAACCUCCGUCAGCGACGCCGACCUGCACGCCCUGCAAGCCGUCAUCCAGGCCCUCCAGCACGCACUCAACGCCGAACAAGCCACCGCCGCCACUGCCGCCCAAUCCGCCGCCACGGAACUCCAAACCUCCAAGGAAGAAAACGCGACACUAAAAACAACCCUACACCACCUGAAGCUCAACAUGGACGCCGCCACGCAGCAGCGCGCCGAGCUAGAGGCGCAGGUGGCACGGCUGGCCGCGGACCGCGACGAGGCACGCCAGGAGCUGGCCGCGAACGCCGAUGACCUGCAGCAGCGCCUGCACGCCGCCACGCAGCAGCGCGCCGAGCUGGAGGCGCAGGUGGCACGGCUGGCCGCGGACCGCGACGAGGCACGCCAGGAGCUGGCCGCGAACGCCGAUGAGCUGCAGCAGCGCCUGCACGCCGCCACGCAGCAGCGCGCCGAGCUGGAGGCGCAGGUGGCACGGCUGGCCGCGGACCGCGACGAGGCACGCCAGGAGCUGGCCGCGAACGCCGAUGACCUGCAGCAGCGCCUGCACGCCGCCACGCAGCAGCGCGCCGAGCUGGAGGCGCAGGUGGCACGGCUGGCCGCGGACCGCGACGAGGCACGCCAGGAGCUGGCCGCGAACGCCGAUGACCUGCAGCAGCGCCUGCACGCCGCCACGCAGCAGCGCGCCGAGCUGGAGGCGCAGGUGGCACGGCUGGCCGCGGACCGCGACGAGGCACGCCAGGAGCUGGCCGCGAACGCCGAUGACCUGCAGCAGCGCCUGCACGCCGCCACGCAGCAGCGCGCCGAGCUGGAGGCGCAGGUGGCACGGCUGGCCGCGGACCGCGACGAGGCACGCCAGGAGCUGGCCGCGAACGCCGAUGAGCUGCAGCAGCGCGUGCACGCCGCCACGCAGCAGCGCGCCGAGCUGGAGGCGCAGGUGGCACGGCUGGCCGCGGACCGCGACGAGGCACGCCAGGAGCUGGCCGCGAACGCCGAUGACCUGCAGCAGCGCCUGCACGCCGCCACGCAGCAGCGCGCCGAGCUGGAGGCGCAGGUGGCACGGCUGGCCGCGGACCGCGACGAGGCACGCCAGGAGCUGGCCGCGAACGCCGAUGACCUGCAGCAGCGCCUGCACGCCGCCACGCAGCAGCGCGCCGAGCUGGAGGCGCAGGUGGCACGGCUGGCCGCGGACCGCGACGAGGCACGCCAGGAGCUGGCCGCGAACGCCGAUGAGCUGCAGCAGCGCCUGCACGCCGCCACGCAGCAGCGCGCCGAGCUGGAGGCGCAGGUGGCACGGCUGGCCGCGGACCGCGACGAGGCACGCCAGGAGCUGGCCGCGAACGCCGAUGACCUGCAGCAGCGCCUGCACGCCGCCACGCAGCAGCGCGCCGAGCUGGAGGCGCAGGUGGCACGGCUGGCCGCGGACCGCGACGAGGCACGCCAGGAGCUGGCCGCGAACGCCGAUGAGCUGCAGCAGCGCCUGCACGCCGCCACGCAGCAGCGCGCCGAGCUAGAGGCGCAGGUGGCACGGCUGGCCGCGGACCGGGACGAGGCGGUGGAGCAGAAAACAAUGGACGCGGAGGAACUUCAGCUGUUUCGUGAAAUAGUUGCGCAGGAGCGAGAUGAAGCAGAGCAUUGGCGGUUGGAUCAGGAGGCGGAGGUAGAGCGUCUGGCAGCAGAGGGAGAGGCGAUGCGCAAGAUGUUGGUCAAGGAAGCAAGGGUGGUCGAGCAUGGCACGAGUGCCUUGGCGCAGCGGGGUGCAGAACUCGAGGCACAGGUAGCAGUUCUUCUGCGCGAGAGAGACGAGGCGCGUGCGCAGGCAGCAGUGGCUGCAGAGCAGCUCCAGCUGCAGCGGGAAAUUAUGAAGAAGGCGCAGGAGUCGUUUGACAAGGAUCGCGCUUGCCUCGAGUCGCGAAUGGCGCAGCUGAUGGAGGCGAGCACGGCGGUGGAGGAGCGGUGGCAAGGAGAAGUGGCGACGAAAACGACUGAUCUUCAGGAGAGGCUGGGCUUGAUGGCGCGUCGGUGCAUUGCGCUGGAGGGAGAUGCGGAGCAGCGGGCGGACGAGAGAGACGAGGCCCUGCGGCAACUUGCCAAGCUCCGUGAAGAGGUGAAGCUCAGGCAGGACGCGGCCGACGUGGAGAAUGCAGAGCUGAAGACGCGACUUGCUCGGCUCAGUGAGGAACAUGAGAAGACGAUGGAACAGGUUAUGUCGGACGUGAGAGAGGGGCAGCGGCGCCUGGAAGCAGCAGAAGUGCAGCGGGCGGACUUGGAAGCACGCGUCGCGCGCCUCGUCGAUGAGGCCGGUGACCUUCGCUCUCGUCUUGCUGCGAGCGCAGGCGACGUUCAACUAUACCGCGACCUCGCCCUGCAGGAACGCGAAGCAGCCCAGAAACGGUGCACAAUACUGGAAGCGCAGGUGGCAAGCCUCAUGAGCGACCGUGACAACGCACGUCGGCAAGGGUCGGCUGACCUUAGCGAGGUGUGCCGUCAACUCGACGACGCCGUGCAGGAGCGUGAUAUGGCUCAUCAUCGGUGUGCCGAGUUGGAGGAGCAGAAUGCUGUUAUGGCCUCUGAGUUGCAAGCGGCAAAGGCUAAACUGCGGCAGGCCUCGGAGAAGGCCUCCUCGUUGAUGAUGCGACUCUCCGCAUCGUCCUCUGGAGCUGGUGGUGCCUCUGCCCUCGAGAGUGUGGAAGGCAGUUCUGGCGAGCCACAAGCGGCGCCGUACCGGGACGCGGAGCUUAUCGCCGAGGUGGGCGAACGCCUUCGCGAAAGGGGGAAGGCCAUGCGGCUGUUGGCCAAAGGCGUUGAACUGCGCGAGCGCGCGCGGCCGCUGGAGCGGGUGCUCGCCGAAAAGCUGAUCGACGACCCUCGCACGAGGGACGCGGAAGAGGUCGCCACGGGGUCCACGCAGUUGCCAUGGAACGCUGCGCACUCGCGGCGCCUGGACUCGCGUGAGGCGCAGCUGGACGAGCGCGCGGCACGGCUGAAGGAGAAGGAGCGGCAGCUGCUGCGCGUCGCUCAUGAACUGCAGGCUAAGUCGCGCGCCCUUCAAGCAUUAUACGUGCGUGCGCUGGACAAGCCACAGGUGACGUCGCUGCUGCUGACGGCCGACAGCGGCGAUGCCUCCUACCCUACCACACCACAGCAACCGCACCAAGGCACACGCACGCCGCUAAGAGAACCUGUAUAUCCGCUGGACAGCGGGGUGGCGCGCUACGACCGCACUGCAGGGGCCACGAUGAGCAGCGGUCCCGCGUCACCUCUGCCGAGGGAGCCGCCACGGGCUCAGAUGGUGCACCGCCAUGUGGAGGCGCCCGGCCGCAGCGAUGCGGAAGUGGAGGCAACAGGCACGGAGGAAGACGCGCAGGAGCGCCUCACGGCUGCAACAGAGGCUUACCGCGACGUGCUGUACGAGCACAUUCUCGAGUCGAAUGGGCUGCAAGGGGUGAAUGCAUUGGCCCAGUACCUGCCCCGCCACACCUCCGGCGGUGGGCCGAAGACGCCGCGACUGCCUGCGAGCGACAUUAUGUCGAAGACCCGGGCAAUGCUACGAGCGCUGGAGGAGCGACUGGGCGCUUCCCGUGGCGUCGUGCGUGGAGUCGACCCGGCGGUGCAAGAACGAGGCCUGGAGGCAUUCCGGCGACUCGAGGCUGCCCUGUGUGUUCUGUGUGGAAGCAGCAGCGAAGCGUAG